UUCACCUGCAAUUCGCUACUACCAGUAAUUAACGUUUCUAUAUUUAGCAUCAUAUUAUUUAAGGAACGCGUACAUGUUUUUGUCUUAUAAACAAAUACUGAACUUGGUUCUUGCUAGGGGUCGCCAUAGUCAGUUGAAACCCGCCAUGUCUGUAGAGUUGUUGGUCCGGCCGAACAGCUUACGUUAUUUGGGCGUUAACAAUGUAGUCACGUACUGUAAAAUGGGAAAUGUUUGCGGUGGUUUUAUGUGCGCGGUUUUGCGAUGUACUUUACACCGCGAACUUAAAACUACCGCGAACGUUUUCCCCUUUUACAGUAUUAAAGACCACUCCAUUUUCUAUCUGCCACGACAUGGACUCCCCCUCGAACAUUUGCGGUAUGUCUGACAGGGACCAAUGUUAUGACAGUCCAUGUACCUUUUCACGGAUCCCAUUGCAUGCUUCUAAAUACCUGUAAUUACUUUUCCAAUGUAGACCUCGCUAUGGAUGACGCCGACCGCUCAGUCCUGAAGAAGCACACCCAACGGUUUGUCGACGAACUGCAGGUCGAUGAUCUUUUCAUCGCACUGGCAUCCAAAGGUGUUUUCGACUUCAAGGCUCUGAAAGAAAUAAAGGCACUACAGACACGGGAAGACCAGGUGAGAUCGCUGCUCCAGAUGUUGAUGACACGCGAAGGUGACACACUCACCAAGUUCUCGGAGGCGCUCAUGGAGACAGACCAGGGACACCUAGCGGAACUUCUUCAUCCUGCAGCAGACAGUAACGGGGACCAAGAGCCAACCAACGGGCAGGAGUCGGACGAAGAUCCACCACCAGAUACCGGUAAAUCUGCGAUCCGCACCUUCUUGGCCGUGGCUGUGAAUCCUGUAAGAAGCUACGAUCAACACUUCCUUCUGCAGCCGGGAGACGAGGUACUGGUCACCAGCCAGGAAGGGUCCCAGUGGACGGUCGUCCAUGGAACACGGGCGGUAAAGGUCGACUCGGCUGCGCUGAGGGUCAAGUACGAACUACAGGACUUCGCUGUCCGUCCUCCUUCUACUAACCCUCUGGUUCGCACUCUAGCCGCGCAGGUAGUCAAGCCACAUCAAGCCAGCGGGCCCUACCAGCUCAGCUUAGAAGGAGGGGAGGAGGUUCAGGUGAUAGAACAGCUAUUUACAGGCGUGUGGACGGUUGUGUGUGGAGACAGGGUGGGGAGGGUGGACCCGGCAUGUCUGAAGAUCACAGACGAUGGGAAGGAGCUAUCUCUACGAGACCAGGUCUACCGGGGAGGGAAUCCGGCGGUGGUUGCGCUCAACCUCCAGGGCAGGGCUCUCCACUCUCUUCCCGCCGAGCUGUUCACGCUACCAGAGAUCCAGCACCUCUACAUCGCAGACAACCUGCUGACGGCCUUACCGGAGGACCUGUUGAAGCUGACGGAGCUGACUCGACUGGACGCCAACAGGAACAAGCUGCGGACCUUCCCGGACGUUCUGCUGAAGAUGUCGCAGCUGGAAGACCUGAACCUCGGAGAGAACGACUUCAACAGUCUUCCGUCAGACAUCGGGAAACUCAUCAAACUGAAGAAGCUGUGGCUGAAGAAUCUCAACCUUACCACCCUGCCCAUUGCGGUUUGCUUCCUGAGGAACCUCCGAACGCUGAACAUCCACGGUAACAGCCUGAACGGUCUGGACGACGCCAUCGUCAACCUGGGCGAUCUGACGACUCUGGACGCCAGCAGUAACCAGUUCACCCGCUUCCCCAAACAGAUCUGCGCCCUGACCACUCUCCAGCGCCUGUACGUGGGGCAACUGCACGGCAACAAGCUCAAGGUCAUUCCAGACGCCAUCGCCAACCUCACCUACCUCACGGUCCUGGCCGUGGAUAACAACGUCCUGACGUCACUUCCGGCCUGUAUCGGACAGCUGGAGAAGCUGGAAACCUUGCACGCCCACAGGAACAAGCUGACCGCCAUUCCGGACGAGAUCUGCGGCCUGGUCAAGCUGCAGAGCCUCUGGCUGCACGGGAACGCCAUCCGCAAGCUUCCCAAGACCAUGGACCGGCUGGUCAGUUUGCAGGACCUCCGAGUGGAGGGGAACCCGCUACACUACCCGCCCAUGUCCGUGUGUCAGAAGGGGUUCGGCGCCAUCAAGAAGUUCAUCAAGGAAGACAGAGAACUGAAUGAGAUGGCUGGGUAGUGCAAAAAUGUUCCGAUGGUGAUGGAAGAGUGAAGUGCAGAAGACUUUGGGCCGCGUUAGUAGAUUCUAAGGCACUAGACAGGCCGGGUGCACAUUAGAUUUGACACGUUAUUGAACUACAUCACCUAGUGAACAGUUAUACAAUGUUCCCAUUUGCGUAAUGAAAAGAACGUUAUUAUGUGUAAAUAAUGCAAGGAGCUAUAAAAGCUAUUUUCGCAAUUUAUGAAGAUCUUUUGUACGGGUUCUAUGCAUUAUGUUUGAGCAGAUGUAUUGAAAUUGCGUUUUAAAGUUGGUGCAUUUGUCGCAGCCCAGUGAGUUACUGGCUUUAAGCACAGCAUGUAUUUACUCACAGCAAAUGUCAGUCAGCAAAGUUACAUAAACAUCAAGUGAUGAAGGGAUUCAAUAAAGUCAGUUUUCUGAGA